AUUGGCGAGCGAUUCUCUACCAUCUCUCUUUAGAUGCACCUAAAUUAAGGGAACUAUCAUCAUCAUCAUAAUUAUUUUCUAAUUAUGUCGUGUCUAGUAACUUUCCUAGUAACUUUGCUGGGCAUCUAGGAACAGUAAUGCCAUGGUUGGACUCUAGAGAAAUCGAUUACCUGUGCAUUCUUAUUAACAAAUUAUAACCUCCUUCUUGUAAACUGAAAAUUAAUUAAAAUAUACCGUAUAAUAUCGCAGUAAGUGUAAUAGCGGAUUAGUAAAUAUUUUAUUUGGGAAUAUAAGGAUACAUGGUUAUCAACAAUUGUGUGAAAAACUUAUCUCAGUAUAUCAGGGAUUGAUUGGUUUUCUGUAAAAAAUGGAGCCUCCAAAACCACUUCCCAGUCUCCUCACCCUGAAGGUCUCUGUGCCGCCGGGUUUGGAUCAGCCGACAAUGGAGGAAUCUGAGAUCGACACGGAUCCGUCUUCAGUCAAGCUCCCAGCAGCUCUUGAACAAGCCUUAGCUUUCAAGACCGAACGUGCCAAGGAAGUUGGCACAGAUCCCAAUGAGAUCUCAGUCGUUCCAGACAGUUCCCCUUCUGAUCCACCUUCAGACCUUCGAAUUGAUUUCUCCGCGGAUACCCUCGAAAUUCCAAAUGAAAUUUCCAAUUCCAAUUCGAAUCAAAAAUCUCAAAAGUCGAAAAAAAAGAAAAAGAAGAAGAAGAAACGUCAUACAGUCGAUCCCAAGGAAGACCAAGAGAACAAGAAAAAGGACUCUGAUAUAUCUUCUACUAAAGAGGACUUGCCAGAGGUGGAGUACAUUCAGGAAACACCAGGAAUCACUGACCUGGAACCAAUGUAUCGUCAAUUUGCUCGGGUCUUCGAAGCCUUCAAAUUGAUCGAACCUGAAUCUAUAGAAAAAGAUCGAGAGCUGAUCGGUCAAUAUCCACUGGCUGCUACUCCAGUGGUUCCCAGUAAAGUCCCUGUACUCGAUGACUUCGACGAAGAUGCAGGACAAGUUCAGCCUUCCACAACGGAGAACGGAGCUCCUCGUCUAUCAAAAAGGAAAUUAAAACGAUUAACUCGUCUCAGUGUAGCUGAAUUGAAACAACUCGUUGGCCGUCCUGAUGUCGUGGAAAUGCACGAUGUAACAGCUCGAGAUCCAAAGCUUCUUGUUCAAUUGAAAGCUCAUAGGAACACAGUUCCAGUUCCCAGACACUGGUGCUUCAAACGAAAAUAUUUGCAGGGGAAAAGAGGAAUUGAAAAACCGCCCUUUGACCUUCCUGAUUUCAUUAAGCGGACUGGAAUCACCGAAAUGAGGGCGAGUUUGCAGGAGCGUGACGACUCGAAGACACUGAAAGCAAAAAUGAGGGAGCGGGCGAGGCCUAAAUUAGGCAAGAUUGAUAUAGAUUAUCAAAAGCUGCAUGACGCCUUCUUCAAGUGGCAAACAAAACCUAGAAUGACCAUUCAUGGGGAUUUAUAUUACGAGGGGAAGGAGUUUGAGACAAGGCUCAAGGAGAAAAAGCCUGGUGAACUCUCCGAUGAAUUAAGAACAGCCUUGGGAAUGCCAGUAGGGCCUAAUUGUCACAAGGUGCCACCGCCUUGGCUCAUUGCCAUGCAAAGAUAUGGUCCACCUCCUAGUUAUCCCAAUUUGAAGAUUCCUGGUUUGAAUGCACCAAUCCCUGAAGGAUGUGCAUUUGGUUAUCAUGCCGGGGGUUGGGGUAAACCUCCCGUUGAUGAAACAGGUAGACCACUCUAUGGGGAUGUCUUCGGCGUGGUGAGACCUCUUGGUGCCGAUGUAAUGGAUGAGGAUGUGGAUCGAGGAAUGUGGGGAGAGCCGGAGUCUGAGAGUUCUGGAGAGGAGGAUGAAGAUGAAGAAGGCGAUGAAGGUGGCGAUGUCGAUGGAGAUGGAAAGGAGAUGGAUGGAGACGCCAGUGGCCUGGUGACACCUGGAGCCGAAGGUUUAAUAACUCCGAGUGGUAUGACAUCCAUUCCUGCUGGAUUGGAAACUCCUGAGACAAUUGAACUGCGAAAGAAGAAGAUCGAGAGUGAUAUGGAGGGUGGAGAUACUCCAGCUGCCCUUUACACUGUACUUCAGGAGAGGAGGACCGAAGGACUCGGUGGUAGUAUGAUGGGCAGCACUCAUGUUUACGAUAUGACUGGAGCUGGAGGACAGGCUCCACCUUCUGUUAUUGCUGCCAGGAGGGGCAUAAGUGGGGGAGAGUCUCGAGUUGAGAAAGAUGGAACUGUUGAAGUGGCAUUAGAUCCUAGUGAACUAGAUCUGGACUCGGAAGCCAUGGCCUCGAGGUACGAAGAAACUAUCAGGUCUAGGCAGGCGCAUCUUAGGAGGGAGGAUGUAUCAGAUUUACUACAAGAUCAUGUACAACGACAGAAGAGUAAAAGAAAGCGACAGCAAACUCAAGAGAGCAAAUCUGCUAAGAAAUAUAAGGAAUUCAAGUUCUAGAUUUUUUGCAUUAUUUUCAGAUAUAGUUUAAGACAUUGUAAGUUACAUGAAAAGGCAAAGAAUCAUAUUCUCGAAUAAAGCUGUAAUUUUAUCUACCGAUCUAACCAUUCGAGUUUUAUCAACAAAUUUUCAAACCAAUUGAAUAGCAGGUCGAGUGCACGCGUGGAUCUUCACAGAACCCAAGUCCCCUUUCCACUGCUUCUUUAAGCACACUAAUGUUCUCUCGACGAGCUCGGAAACCCCUUGCAAUAGUUGUUUAUGCCACUCUGCUAUCUCUUCCCCAGAGAUUACGUCCCUGAUUUUCACGUAAACGGGACUAAGGAUAGUGAUUUGAGAUUGAGUUCUCAAUUAUAAAAAUUGAAGUCAAGCUAAAUUUUGUAAUAUUUCAUUUUAUUAACGAAAAUAUUUCUUAUUACUUUGAUAAUAAAAAUCACGUAUUAAAUUUUC